AUGGAUGAUAGAGAACGAAACGUUGUACGCGUCCACCAUGAUGCGUUUGGUGGUGUACGGCUUCAGCACGAUGUGGGUGAGGAGGUGAAGCGCCCUUUGACAGAACAGGAAGAGUGGCAAAUUGAGCACGCAAAAUUACAUGAAAAACACAGAGGCCAUGAGCAAAUGCACCUUGAAAUGAUGCUUAUCCUCAUAGUCACUCUGGUAGUUGCCCAAGUUUUUCUAGUUCAGUGGAAGAAGCGACAUUUCAAGUCAUAUCAGUUGUGUACAUUACUGGGUAUGUGGUUGAUACCUGUGUAUGUAUGUCUUUCGCGCAGUUGGUACAGAUUCCUUGUCACAUGGGUUAUUUAUACCGUCUGCUCCACCUGGAUUUGGCGUAAAUCGACUGAGGAUCACAUCAGUGGGACAACUCCCAGACUUGUUUACAAGUGGUUCCUAUUUCUUCAUAAGCUCAGUUACGUGUUGGGAGUAGCUGGUUACAUAAUAAUGAUCUUCACUCUAAUGGGUCUUAAUUUCAUUUUUGGGUUGCAGUCCACUACGUGCAUGGAUGCAGGAAUUUUACUGUUGUUUUACGGUUUGUAUUAUGGAGUUCUUGGACGUGAUUUCGCUCAUAUCUGCACGGACAGGAUGGCUUGCAAGAUUGGGUACUUCACUCAUGAUGGUCUACCCAAGAAGCAUUUGGAUGACGGUGUGUGCGCGGUAUGCGACAGUCGUCUCGUUGGCAGUAUUAGUGACACAGAAGAAGAAGAUGUCGAGGAAGAGAAAACCUACCGGUUAUCUUGUGGUCAUACUUUUCACGAGUUUUGUAUUCGUGGUUGGGUUGUUGUUGGAAAACUCCAAACAUGUCCUUACUGUAAGGAGAAGGUCGAUCUUAAGAGGAUGUUCAAAAAUCCGUGGGAUAAACCACAUCUGUUUUAUGGCCAACUGCUUGACUGGAUUCGAUAUCUUGUCUUGAAUGAUCACUCCACUGUGGAGGGAAGGCUACGCUACAUAUUGAACUGGUGCAAUAUUUACUUGCUCUUUUGGUUUGGGGAUUCUUUUCUGUUGUUCAGUUAUAUCGGCAGCUCAAGCUUCUAA